AUGGAUUUGAAUGAGGAAAUAAAUGUGAAUGGUAUGACGCAGCCAGAAUUGCUGAGUAUGACCGUCAAUGAAAUUGUAUCAACACUCAUACAAGCGCAUAAGAACAAUAAAGAUGUUGACUUGAAUAAACUGAAAUGUGCCGUAGCGCGUAAACAUAAACUGGCAAAGCAACCGAAACUUGUCGAUAUCAUCGCUGCCGUUCCGCCCGAUUAUAAGAAAAUAUUGAUCCCGAAACUGAAGGCAAAACCGAUCCGAACGGCGAGUGGUAUAGCUGUAAUCGCCGUUAUGUGUAAACCGCAUCGAUGUCCACAUAUCAACUUUACUGGUAACAUAUGUGUAUAUUGUCCGGGUGGGCCGGAUUCCGAUUUUGAAUACAGCACGCAGUCAUACACUGGUUAUGAACCGACAUCAAUGAGGGCGAUUCGUGCCCGAUAUGAUCCGUUCCUUCAGACCAGAAGUCGUCUCACACAGUUGCAACAACUUGGUCAUCCUGUUGAUAAGGUUGAGUUUAUCAUAAUGGGUGGCACGUUCAUGUCGUUACCACAAGAUUAUCGAGAGUAUUUCAUCCGAAGUCUUCACGAUGCCCUCAGUGGACAUACAAGCUCAACGGUUGCUGAGGCUGUAGCGUUCAGUGAACGAAGUCGUAUAAAAUGUAUCGGAAUAACAAUAGAAACGCGGCCUGAUUACUGCAUGCCGAGACAUUUGGAUGCGAUGCUAUCGUAUGGAUGUACACGGCUUGAGAUUGGUUUGCAGUCGACCUAUGAAGAUGUUGCACUGCACACGAAUCGAGGACAUACGGUGGCCUCUGUAUGUGAAGCGUUUCAAAUGGCCAAAGAUGCAGGUUUUAAAGUGGUUAUUCAUAUGAUGCCGAAUCUGCCGAACGUUACCGUUGAACGUGAUCUGCAACAAUUCAAAGAGCUCUUCGAAAAUCCAGCCUUUCAACCGGACGGCCUCAAAAUCUAUCCAACGCUUGUCAUUCGUGGUACUGGACUCUACGAACUAUGGAGAACUGGCAAAUAUAAGAGCUAUCCACCAGAGGUACUGGUCGAUCUAGUUGCCAGAAUUCUAUCGUUAGUUCCUCCAUGGGUGAGGGUCUAUCGAGUUCAGCGGGACAUCCCAAUGCCAUUAGUCUCUAGUGGUGUUGAAUACGGUAAUCUCAGAGAAUUAGCUCUGAAGAGAAUGGAUGAACUUGGUCUGAAAUGUCGAGAUGUACGCACACGCGAAGUUGGUAUUCAGGAAAUUCAUAAUAAAGUGAGUCCAUAUGAUGUUGAAUUAGUGCGUCGUGAUUAUGAGGCGAACGGAGGAUGGGAAACGUUCAUCUCAUACGAAGAUCCUAAUCAGGAUAUUCUGGUUGGUUUGUGCCGACUUCGUAAAUGCUCUGAAAAAGCUCAUCGACCUGAAUUGCAGGUGAGUAAUUGCAGUUAA